AUGGUUCGAGACAUUCAAGGUCAGGCAUUCGAGGUUAUGCGAGAGCUCGGCGACACGACGUUCAAAGCUUCCAAUGAAUGGGCGCGUAAGUUCUUGAAACGCAACGACUUCAGCGUUAGAGGGCCAGCGAGUGUGGGCCAACCAGACCCCGACGAUUACGUCGAAAAGAUAGAGUCGUUCCGUAAAUUCUACUCCGAAGUAAGCGACAACAUCGAUUCGUCGAACAUCGGCGAUUUCGACGAGGUACCAGUGCCUUCCGAUAUAGUCGCUGGACGAACCGUCGCACCAAGAGGUUCAGACGCCGUGAAAAUCGACUCCACCGAUGACAUGGAUCCAGAACUCAUACCAACGACCGACAUGGGUGCGACAGUCAGAGAAACAAACUAUCGUAUACCGACAAGGGGUCCUGGAUACCAACCAGCAUGGUCGCGCGCAAACGCUCGAUUUCGGAAGACGUUCAUCGAAAACGAAUUUGGGCACAAAUGCGAUGUGUGUGAUCGUAUAUGGUUCCGACAAGACCUCAAGAAAAUUGUAAGCUCGACUGCACAUUUUCUAGCGAACCAUUUUCCGGGUGAGGAUACCUCGGAAUUUGAACUCUGUUCCUCCUGCAACAAAACAUGCAGAACAGAGAAAAUUCCGCCAAUGAGUAGGAGCAAUGGGUAUAUGUACCCUCCAAAACCGUCAGGCCUCCCAAAGCUAGAUCCGAUAAGCGAGAGAUUAGUCUCCCCAAGGAUUCCGUACAUGCAGAUCCGUCGUCUGAGGCGUCACGGCUGCUACGGUAUCAUUGGACAAGUGAUCAAUGUUCCGGUCGAUGUCAAAACCAUGGUUCAAAACGUACCUCGAGAUUUGGACGACGAUCACGCUUUCAACGUGAAUUUGAAGAAGAGUUUAGUUCACAAAUCAUCAUAUUUGAGUGGUUACGUGAAGAAAUCCACCGUCAAAGCCUGGUUACAAUAUUUGAUCGAGCAGCCUCUCUACAAGCGCUAUGAUAUCAAAAUAGAUUGGCACGAUCUAGAGAAUCGAAUAUCGAGUACCGAAAGGCGUGAUGACGAAGAUAUGGAGUCACUCAAUGUCGAAGAUAUGACCGAAUCCGAGCUCAUUAACGCGCGCCAGCAAACGAUGAUGUGGAACGAGGAUUCUUGCUUAGACAUUGCCCCGGGACAACACUCAAUAUCCGAGAGUCUGAUUUUUGACACAUAUGCGGAGGAACUGUCAUUCCCGGCGAUAUACUUCGGCUUUCCUCGUACUAUCAAGCCGUUAGAUAAUGUCGAAGGACAAUUCGUGCGUCUAACCAACGUGACCGUCAAAGAAUACCAAGAGAAGAGGUUUCUGAAUCCUACGACCAACACGAUAAUCAAACGAGGCGAAGAAGAACAGGGAGGUGGAGAUUUCACCCGUUUGAUGGCGUGGUGGAACUCAUACGGAUAUAAGAGCGAGUUCAAAGAUGUUAUGUGGAGGGACACCGCGACACAAGACGAUGGGCUCGCCUCGAAAUGA